CAACUAUCCAAACUAAUAUUUCCCGCCCUUCAAAGACGUGUUGAAACUUGUCAAAAAUCAAGAGAUAUUUCGUUUUUGAAACCUUUUACGUGUAGUAAAACUUGUCUUGUGAUUGUUUUCCAUUGCUUUUCGUAACUUAUACAAUGUGGAAUGAUCAAUCUGCAGUUGGUGGAGGUUUCUUCAACUCUCCCAACCAAUUUGGCAACGUAAACACACCAAAUCAGGCUCAAAAAUCUGCUCGAAGAUCAUCACGUACAGCUCCAAUUGUAAUUAGACAAGCUCUUCACAGUGGUGAUGAUGGUGUCAAAAUAUGGGGCACAGAAAUCCAGAUUGUCUGUAUUGUGGCCAGAGUUCGAAACAUUCGAAUGCAAAGCACUAAAAUUACAUACACAUUACAAGAUAUUACAGGACGAAUGAGAGCUGUGCUUUGGCUGGACCAAGAUGCAGCUGAUGAAGAGGAUAAAUCUGCACCCAAAGUGCAAGUGGAUGACUACAUACAAGUGUAUGGCACAGUGAAAACCAACAAAGGAAGGAAAGUGCUGAUGACCUUCAAAAUAAUGCCUGUAACAGAUGUCAACGCAAUCACAUUCCACUACUUACACUGUAUACAAAAUAGACUCAAAAUGGAAUCUGAUUCCAAAAAGGAAAAAGUUGAAACCAACAACUCUACCUUUGCUUCUGGUUUACCUGCAAAUUCUAUGGUUGGUGUAACUGAAAGUAGUGGCUCAGUAAACGGCCUGAACCCUCGGCAAAUGAUGGUAUUCAACCUCAUAAGAGCUUCUACUAUGGAACAGGGUAUCAGUAAAGAAGACAUGUAUAGCAGCCUCAAGGAUCGUAUGUCACAAGUUGAAUUUGAAAAUAUUCUUGAAUGGAUGUGCGGUGAGGGUCAUAUCUAUUCCACAAUUGAUGAAGAACACUAUCGUGCAACUGAUGCUUUCUAAUUCUGUAUUUCGUAUCAUAAUGUUUUGCAUCAUCAUCAUAAGAUAUUGGUUUGCAUCAACAAUGUUACAUUUUCACACAAUCACU